AUGUCGACCAUCGCAUCGCCGCGGCCUUCCUUCACCCUUUCCUCCCGCCGCGGCUCGGCAUCAACCGACAACACCGUCCUCUCCGGAACCGGCAAAUCGACGACAUCCAACGCCGUAGAUCGAGCCACCCUCCGUCGCAAUCGCACAGCUCUCCGAGACUACUACAAUCUCAAAGCUGCAGCGUCCACCGACACCCAUCCGCAACAUGAUCUUCCAUCGCCAUCUCUAAACGCCGAGCAAGAAAGCGAACUCGACAAACCCGGGUUCGACCCGGAAGCCUACGUCCAGCAUCUCCUCUCCACCCAAGGUCUCGAAGGCGUGCUGCGCGUCGAAGCGGGUCUUCUCAGCGAUAUACGAUCAUUGGAUGGAGAGAAGAAAGCUCUCGUCUAUGACAAUUAUUCCAAACUCAUUGCUGCGACGGACACGAUUCGUAGUAUGAGGGAGAAGAUGGAUCCCAUGACUCCCACGACCAGUACUCUUACCCCUGCGAUUGGACAUAUUGCCGAGACAGCGGCGAGUUUGACUGCUGAUUUGAAGCGAUCGCUGGGGGAAGGGGAUGUACAGGCGAGGGACGAGGUAGUGAUGAGGCAGAAGCAGCAGGAGGUUGUCAGGUGGGUGCUGGCUGCUCCGGAACAAAUUCGAAAGCAAGUCGAAGCUGGGGCGAAUGAGGAUGCGAAGAGGGAGUGGGAGAGGGUGGAGUCUGUGUUGGAACGGUGGAAGACUGUCAAAGGCGCUGAUGCCGUCCGGAAGGCAUGUCAGGAAGCUCUGGUAGGUCUUCCGGAAAGCUGA